UACCAAAACAAACAUUUUGGAGCGAAAGUUUCUGAACGCCUUGACAGGGACCAGGACGCACAUGGACAUGUCGCUGUGUGCUCGGCAACGUUACCCGAUAAUCCCUUGAUGUGAUUGUUGAAAUAAUAACAGACAGACCGAAAAGCUGCCGUGAAACAUGGAGGGACUGGAGAUGUCCGCGAUGAUACCGGCUCUCCAGGAGCUAGCUAGUGCCAGCGCCGCCGAGUACGACCAGGCGGUGCAGAAACCUCGACAGAUCCUCUGUCAGUUCAUUGACCGGAUACUGACGGACGUGGACGCCGUGGCUCUGGGGCUGAAUAAGAAGUCCAGUUCAGAACCACCCUGUGUGAUGCUGCUGGACUUUGUGCAGCAUAUUGUCAAAUCCUCAUCUCUGAUGUUUGCCAAUCCUGCCUGCCAACCUGCUGAGUAUCCAGACACCACACAGAGCUGCAAUGACUUCAGCAAGUGGGUGGCGGUGCGUUUGCUUCGUGUGGCAGCAGCUCCGGACUGUGACAUUAUCCACGGGCGGGUCUCUGCUGUGCUCUGCUCCUUACUUCACACUCUGAGAGUCAGAGUGCCGUUUAUCUUCAGCCACCUCACCCAUGAGCUCAUAUUUCUGACCCAGGACCUCAGCAACGUCCUGUACGGCCACAUCGUCACACUCGCAGGACAAGGACACAGUUUGGGCAUUCACACAACGAACCGAUGGCCUGUAACACUCGAGUGCUUCAGUGUCUCCCCUGGUUGCGCCCCCUCGUACCUCACUCCUUCUCCUCUUGUGCUCUCCUCGGCUGCUUCGCUGGAGUCGCUGACGGCUGUGGUGCUUGGUGUCAUAACGGACGCACUGAGGGGCGUGGUUUCACGCCGUGACCUGAGUGUGGCCUGGGAGGCGGCUUGCUCCAUCCUGGCAAACGGCAAUACAAGGUUGAGAAAGAUCUCCAUGGUGAUGCUGAGCCGACUGGUGGAGCUGGGGGGGUUUCCUGAAAUGCAAGGCCAUGAGUUCUUCACGGCCUACCUCCAGCUGCUGGAAACACACUCCACAGCAAACUCAUGCUUAGAUGAGAAACAGCCCUAUGAAGGGGAGCUGCUAAACCUGACUCGCUGUUUGUUUCAGUCGUCCGGUGCCUUUCACACACACUUUGAGCCCAUCUAUCUCUCGCAGUUGUUCGAGUGUGUUUGCACCCUGGGAGGAAGCGAUGUCAAGCUUGGGACAGAGGUCACUGAAUCCCUCCGCUUGCUGUUCAGCUUCCUACUAUCUGUUGCCCCAGUGUAUGAGAGUGCUGUGUCAUUAAGGAGGCAGCGAGUCACGGAGGUCUGCAGGACACUGGCACGCACCGUUGGGACAGAGAAACAAGCUGAAUGUGCGGAGGGAUUUCUCCAAGCCGCACUCAAGGCUGAGACUGCAAUGGUGAUGCAGAAGUCAGCAGAUGGAGAGUCUGCUGCAAAGAAAUCCUGCAAAUCGGCCACCAGCUCUAUCAGAAAAACAUCAUCACCUGAGCUUGACAUGCGUGUGGGCAGCGAGGUGUGGGCUGUGGUGAACAGUCGGCUGGAGGAGCUGCUGACGCUCCUGAACUCGGACUCUGCCAAACCUGAGACCACACAGAUGCUCUCUGCUCUUCGGGGCCUCGCCCUCACCCUCCGCCUGGCAGCCCUCUGCUCCUCGCCCACCAGUUCUUCUCCUCCCCUCUGGCUGCCCACUGAGACUCUGGGCAGGGCUCUGAAGAGCUGCCAGACGGUGUUAGAAGGAGGUUCUCAGCCUGUCUCAGACCAGAACUACUUUCAGUCUAGUGUCCAGACAACUGUCGAGGUCCUGGACUCUAUCGUGUACCUGACGAUGAGCAGCCAAAGUGGAGACGGGCUCCAUUGGCGCGUGUGUGCGCUGUUAUCUCUUCCCUGGGUGUGUGAGAACAAGUCUGUCUCGGCCUACAAGGGUUCAGGAUUCCCCUCCUCGCUUCCUGCCUUAGCUCAGAGGCUAAGCUUCUGUUACUCACCUGAGGUCCAAGUGGACUGCGUGUCGCUGCUGGCCGUCCUGCCUCGUGGCGUGUGCGACAAGUGGCGAGUGUGUGUGUUUUCCAAGGCACUGCAGAGUCCAGAGGAGGUAGUGAGAGCGGCGGCAGUCAGGGCCUCCCCUCUUCUUCUUCACCACCUGGGAAACACACAUCACAGCCUCAUCAGCAGUACUCUGCUUUCCUGCCUGGAGGACGGCUCGGAGAAGGUGAAGAAGGAGCUUGCUGGGAUCGUUGGUCAGCUGAGCUGUAUCCAGGCAGAACUCUCCCUGCUCAGCGACACUCCGGCAGAGUCCAACAGUCUUCCCAGAAUCCUCUGCCUCCGCCUCAGCCUCACAGCAGAGCAUGCUGGAAAUGCUUGUCCGUCCCUCAGGGCGACUGUUGUCACUCCCUUUCUGCCAUUGCUCAGACAGCAAGCUCCAAGUAGUGUCAAACAAGCUCUCCUGGAAUCGCUGCCUCACCUCUGCCAACAUGUGAAUCUGAGCGGUGGAGACAUCGAAUCCCACGCGGUUCUCUGUGCUCUCAUUGGUCUGGUAGAGGAUUCAGAUUCAGCGGUCAGAAAAUGUUUCAGCCAAUCGCUACGUUUCCUGCUAACGGAGAGCAGCAGAAACUCGGAGCAGAGCUCUCUGAGUGAGCUCUUGGUUGCACGUCUGAAGGAGGCAUUCAACAACGCUAAACUCAACAGAGACGAUGACCUGCGCAUCACACUCAUCCUGACCACUGGAGAGAUUGGCAGAGCAUCUCAGGGUAGUUUGGUGUCAUUCUCUCUGCUGCGCCUGCUUCACUGUCUGCUGUCCAAGUCGUCCCCAGUGUCGGUAGCAGCUUACACUCAGAUCAGAGCUCUGGCCACUGCCAAAGGACUUAAACUGCAAACCCUCUUCAGUCAGUACAAGAACCCCAUUUGCCAGUUCCUGGUGGAGUCGCUGCACUCACGUCAUGCAUCUGCCCUGCGGAGCACACCUGACCAGGGCAGCGAGUCAGCCAAUCAGAAAGAGCUGGCCCUGGACAUCCUGGCUCAGAUCGCACACGCCUUUGACUUCCCAGACCUCCACCGCUUCCUCACUAAGACUCUCCAGGUGCUGCUGCCCUACCUGGCAGCAAAGGCAAGCUCCACAGGCUCCUCCCUCAUCCGUACUUUGGCCAAUGAGCUUAAGGCAAACAGGAGAGAGAUCCUCAUCAACAACUUCAAAUACAUCUUCAGCCAUUUGGUCUGCUCCUGCACCAAGGAGGAGCUGGAGAGAGCCUUCCACUACCUGCAGAGUGAGACAGAGAUAGAACUGGGCUCUCUGCUAAGGCAAGACUUCCAGGGUCUCCACAACGAGCUGCUGCUGCGCCUUGGAGAGCACUACCAGCAGGUGUUCAAUGGUCUGGCAAUCCUGGCCUCCUUUGCAUCCAACGAUGACCCGUACCAGGGUCCCCGAGACAUCACUUCCCCAGAGCGCAUGGCGGACUACCUUCAGCCGAAGCUGCUGGGGAUUCUCGCCUUCUUCAACAUGCAGCUGCUCAGCUCCACUGCCGGAGAGAAGGACCGCAAAAAGCUGGCUUUGACGAGCGUGAUGGCUCUAAUGCGACUGAUGGGCUCCAAACACAUCAGCUCUGUUAGGGUGAAGAUGAUGACAACGCUCCGCACCAGCCUCCGAUACAGAGAGGACUUCCCUUUGCUCUGCUGCCAGACGUGGGAUUGUUUUGUGAGGAGUGUGGAGCCCGCACACCUUGGCCCUCUGCUGAGUCAUGUCAUUGUUGCUCUCCUCCCACUGAUCCCUCUGCAGCCCAAGGAAACUGCAGCUAUUAUCCGCUUCCUCAUCACGGACAACAGGGAAGAAGUCAAAGACUACCUCCACGAGAUUUACUUUCUACCAGAGCACCCCGAGUUGAAGGACAUCCACGGUAUUCUGCAGGAUUACAAGAAGCUGACCGCCAGCAGCAGCGACCUGGUCGCAGCACUGCAGCUCUCUAUGAGAGCCGUCCAACAUGAGAACGUCGACGUAAGGAUUCAUGCGCUCACAAGUCUCAGGGACUUGAUGCACAGCAACCAGGAGUGGAUGCUGCGGCAGGUUUGUGCGAGCGAGGCGGUGGAGCCGGUCAUCUCCAGCUUGGUGUCGGUGCUGCUGAAGGGCUGCCAGGACUCAUCCACGGAGGCCCGGCUCCUCUGUGGGGAGUGUCUGGGGGAGUUGGGGGCUGUGGACCCGGGACGUCUGGACUUGUCGCACACACACACCCACGGUGACCACAACACGUUUGUGAGCGGUGUUGAUGAUCCCAACUUUGCCCACGACCUGCUGACUGAACUCACCAGAACUUUCCUGGCUUAUGCUGAUGAUGUGAGAGCGCAGGACUCUGCUGCUUAUGCAAUUCAGGAGCUGCUGUCCAUCUUUGAAUGUCGCGAGGGACGGACCGACUCUCCAGGUCGGCGUCUGUGGAGGAGAUUCCCAGAGCAGAUCCAAGAAAUACUGGAACCUCACCUCAACAGCAGAUAUAAGAGCAGCCAGAAGGAGGUGAACUGGUCUAAACUCAAGAAACCAGUGUACUUAAGUAGCAGAGGCAGCAGCUUCGCUGACUGGUCUGCCACCUGGGCCGGAUAUCUCAUCAGCAAGGUGAGACAUGAGCUGGCCGGUAAGGUGUUCACCUGCUGCAGUUUCAUCAUCAAACACGGCUACAAGGUCACGAUCUACCUGCUGCCUCACAUUCUGCUAUACAUGCUGCUGGGCUGCACGGCUGCAGAGCAACAGGAGGUAACAGAGGAGAUGCUGGCCGUGCUAACGGAGUGCGAUGGACGAGGAGGGGUGCGUGUCCAGGAGACGGCGUCGAGCCUAUCGCAGCUCAGCAUUCAGACUGUGUUCAGCAUGUUGUCCCAUCUCACACAGUGGAGCCGCCACAUCCUCUACUCCAAACCCAAACACAACGAGAGCGGGGACCAUCAGCGUGUGGUGGCCUUCCUGAAGGGUAUUCCACAGGAUGUUCUGGCCAAGGCCUCGCUCCGAUCCAAAGCGUACACUCGUGCACUCAUGCACUUUGAAGCUCACAUCCUAGAAAAUAAAAUGAACAUCCAGGACCAUCUCACCUUCCUGCAGACGCUGUACGCUGCAAUGCACGAGCCCGACGGCGUGCGGGGGGUCAACGCUCUGAGGAGGGAGGAACCGUCGCUACGGGAACAAAUACUGGAGCACGAGAGUAUUGGCCUGCUCCGAGAUGCCACCGCCUGCUACGACCGGGCUAUACAGCUGGAGUCGGACCAGAUUGGUCACUACCAUGGGGUGAUGACCUCUAUGCUUGGCCUGGGUCAGCUGUCCACAGUCAUCACUCAGGUUAAUGGAGUUCUGGCCAACAAACACCAGUGGAAGUCAGAGCUGAACACGUACAGAGUGGAGGCCGCCUGGAAGCUUGGAAAAUGGGACCUGCUGGAGGAUUACUUGAGUUCAGACCGCCACUCCAGCACCUGGAGCGUGCGGCUCGGCCAGUUACUGUUGUCGGCUAAGAAGAAGGAUGCUGAGACCUUCCAUGAGAAGCUGAAGCUUGUGAGGAAGGAACAGGUCGUCCCCCUGUCUGCGGCCAGCUACGAGUGUGGAACCUACCAGAGAGGAUACGAGUAUCUUGUCAGGCUCCACAUGCUGAGCGAGUUGGAGCACACUUUUACUGAGCUGCACAAACAGAGGGAUCGCUCCACUGCCAACCUCGGCCAGCUGCCUCCCCAUUGGUCAGAUCGACUGGAGAUGACCCAGAAUUCCUUUAGGGCCAAGGAGCCAAUCCUGGCUCUCCGUCGUGCUUUGCUCAGUCUGGGAUCACAGUCUUUGUGUCAGGAGCUGGUCGGGGAGUGCUGGCUACAAAGCACCCGAGUGGCAAGAAAGGCAGGACACCACCAGACGGCUUUCAACGCCCUUCUGAACGCAGAGAACACGCAUCUGGCCGAGCUGGUCACCGAGAAGGCCAAGUGGCUUUGGUCCAAGGGCGACGUACACCAGGCCCUGAUCGUCUUACAGAAGGGCGUGGCCCAGUGUUUCCCCGACGAUCAGCCCCUCACAGACCCCCGGAGCAUGCAGACCAAAGGCAAGGCCAUGCUGCUGGUUGGACGCUUCAUGGAGGAGACGGCCAACUUCGAGUCCAACGCCAUCAUGAAAGCGUACAAGGAUGUGACAAACCUUCUGCCUGAGUGGGAGGAUGGAAACUUCUACUUGGCCAAAUACUAUGACAAAGUGAUGCCAAUGGUGACCGACAACAAGCUGGAGAAACAGGGAAACCUCAUCCGAUACAUCGUCACGUACUUUGGAAAAGCCUUGCAGUAUGGAAACCAGUACAUCUACCAGGCCAUGCCUCGCAUGCUGUCUCUCUGGUUGGACUUUGGAGCCAAAGUGUGUGAAUGUGAGAAAGCUGGCCGAGUGGACAGACAGAUGCGACAGGAGCUGAGUAAAAUCAACUCGGCGGUGAGCGAGCACUGUGCCAACUUGGCGCCGUACCAGUUCCUGACCGCCUUCUCCCAGCUCAUUUCCAGGGUGUGUCACUCCAGUGACGAAGUCUUCACCGUCCUCAUGACGAUCGUCGCCAAAGUCUUCCUGGCGUACCCCCAGCAGGCCAUGUGGCUCAUGGCUGCUGUCUCGAAGUCUUCCUACCCCAUGCGUAUGAACCGCUGUAAUCAGAUUCUUAAAAAAGCCAUCAGUCUCAAACAGUCUCUGGAGAAAUUCAUUGGAGACGCCAACAGACUGACUGACAAGCUGUUGGAGCUCUGCAACAAGCCGGUGGACGGUAACAGCACCACCCUCAGCAUGAGCGUUCACUUCAAGCAGCUGAAGCGUCUGGUGGAGGAGCCGACCUUCAGCCAGAUUCUGAUCCCUCUGCAGUCGGUGCUCAUCCCCACGCUGCCCUCCACAGGCGGGGCAAACACACAGCACGACGCCUUCCCCGGACACUGGGCCUACCUGGACAGCUUCGAAGAUACUGUGGAGAUCUUGGCCUCCCUACAGAAGCCUAAGAAGAUCAGUCUGAAGGGUUCGGAUGGGCGAAGCUACACCAUGAUGUGUAAACCUAAAGAUGACCUGAGGAAGGACUGCAGACUCAUGGAGUUCAACUGCCUCAUUAACAAGUGCCUACGUAAAGAUGCCGAAUCGAGGCGGAGGGAGCUGCACAUCUGCACCUACGCUGUGAUUCCCCUCAAUGAGGAGUGUGGCAUCAUCGAAUGGGUCAACAACACCGCUGGACUACGACACAUUCUCACCAAGCUGUACAAGGAGAGAGGUAUCUACUUGUCCGGUAAAGAGCUCAGGAAGCUUAUCCUACCAAAGACGGCUCCAUUUGAGGAGAAGCUCCGGAUCCACAAGGAGGUCCUGUGUGCUCGACACAUCCCUGUGUUCCACGAGUGGUUUCUCCGGACCUUCCCUGACCCCACGUCAUGGUACAGCAGUCGCUCUGCGUACUGCCGCUCCACCGCCGUGAUGUCAAUGGUGGGCUAUAUCCUCGGCUUGGGAGAUCGACACGGAGAAAAUAUCCUCUUUGACUCUUUCACCGGGGAAUGUGUCCACGUCGACUUCAACUGCCUCUUCAACAAGGGGGAGACGUUUGACGUGCCUGAGGUCGUUCCCUUCCGUCUGACCCAAAACAUGGUCCACGCCAUGGGACCCAUGGGCACCGAAGGCCUCUUCAGACAGGCCUGUGAGGUCACGCUGAGGCUAAUGAGGGACCAGAGGGAGCCGCUCACCAGUGUGCUCAAGACCUUCCUUCACGACCCGCUGGUGGAGUGGAGCAAACAGGCCAAAGGACUUUCCAAAGCUCAGGCCAACGAGACUGGAGAGAUAGUUAAUGAAAAGGCUAAAACCCACGUCUGUGACAUUGAGCAGCGGCUGCAGGGAGUGAUAAAGAGCAGGAAUAAAGUGCUGGGUCUACCUCUGUCUAUAGAGGGACACGUCCACUACCUCAUACAGGAGGCCACAGAUGACAAACUGCUCUGUCAGAUGUAUCUGGGCUGGGGGCCCUACCUGUAAUACACACACACACACACCUACAUAAAAAAAAUGGAAGAACAGUAUUUGGAAGACAGUUCGGGAGAAUUACGGAUUCUUUUCUUUUGAUUAAAAUGCCUUACAGUGCAAAGAAAUAUCCGCACGUGCAUUUUGCAGUAAGUAUCACACCAAUCCGUAUGUUAAAUGCCCUUUAUGAUACCAUUUGCUUGUUCUCCUGUUUGCAUCAUUAUUUAAAUGUUCCUGUUCUCUGGAAACAAGCAAUAUUUGUUGCAUGCUGUACAUUCUCUUGUAAUAAAGGAUGUUUUCCUAAUUUCUGUA